AAUUCUCUGUGUAACUCCUUUCUUCUACCUCUGUCCGUGAGCACUGAGAGAGAAGAGUUAGCUAGUGCCAACAACUACAUUUGGUAUCAGAGCCCAGGCAAUGGCGUGGCGCUGGGGGAGCGUGGUGCCGCUCUCCUGUCCGAUGCUCACCCGCGACAACUACACCGUCUGGGCGAUCAAGGUCGAGGCGAACCUCGAUGUGCAGGGCGUCUGGGAGGCCGUGGUUCCAGCGGACCCGACGGCGACGGUCGAUCCAGAGAAGAACAAGAGGGCGAGGGCGUACCUGCUCGGUGCGCUCUCGGAGGACAUUCUCUUGCAGGUAUCGUCGAAAAAGAUGGCGGCGGCGAUCUGGGAGUGCCUCAAGGCGCGGUUCGUCGGCGCGGAUCGCGUCAAGGCAGCUCGGAUGUCGACGCUCCGCGGCGAGUUCGAUCGGCUGAUCAUGGCGGACGGCGAGGAGCUGGACGUCUACGCCGGCAAGAUCAGUUGCAUGGCCGCCAGGUUUGCAAAACUCGGCAGGACGCCGAGCGACGCCACGAUGGUGAAGAAGCUGCUCGACACCGUUCCAGACUCGCUGUUCGCGGCGGUGGCCGGCAUCGAGCAGUUCUGUGACGUCGAGACCGUCUGCUUCGACGAGGUGCUCGGGCGUCUCAAGGCGUUCCAGGAGCGGACGGAGCGGCGCAAGGCGGCUGUUGCCGGAGAGCGUCGUGGCGACCAGCUUCUGCUCACGGCUGCUCAGUGGGAAGCACGACGCCGUAAGCGUGGCGGUGGUCACGACGACGGCGGGAGCAGCACAGACUCAGGCGCAAUAGGACGGCGCGGCAAGGGCUGGAAUUCUGGCGUUCGCGGCCAUAUCUCCCGUGACUGCCCGGAGCCGAGGAAGGAGAAGGCGCUCCUCGUCGACGUCGAUGACGAUCCGGCCCUUCUCUAG